AUGAAGUUCUCCGCUGCUUGUCUCGCCCUUUCUGUUGGUGUCGCUACCGCUUCUCCUGUCUUCCGCAUGCCCAGCUUUGCCAAGCAUGCUACCCGUAGCAAGACUAUUCGCAAGCGUCAGGUUCCUCAGGAACACUCUCACGACUUUGUCCUCACCAUCACCAAGGAGUUUCUCGAUCUUGACAACCCCAAGGAGAUUGCUGAUCCUGUCUUUGGUCUUCUCGGUGAUGCUGCUGCCGAGGAGGGCGCGGGCCAAGUCACAAACUUGGCUUGUCUGAAGCAGGAGACUGCUGAUCAGGCCUUCACCAACGCCAAGGCUCUCGGUGACCUUCGCGGUAUGGCCGCUUCGCUGCUGUUCCAGGCUAUUGAGCGCAACACCGCCGGUGUUGGUGUCGCCAGUGCUCUUUGCACAGAUGCUGCUGUCAACCCCGAGAUUGCGGCUCUUACUCAACACCAGGAUGCUGCUGGUGAGGGUGCUGAGGCUGUUAACAAGGCCGUCACCCUUGAGCUUGCUAGACAAUUGGCUGCUAUCGGCGCUGACCCCAACCUGGCUCUUCUCAGUGGCACUUUUGCCCCUGGAGAUCUCAACGAUGCUACUGGCGCUGGAAACUCCUGCGAUACCGAGGAGCCUGACCUCGGAUGUAUCUUCUCUGAAGGCCUCCUUGUUCUUGACGCUUCAGAGGCUGAGAUUUCCGCCGCUGUUGCCGAUGUUGCCCAGACUUUCACCGGUACCGGUGGUAUCUUUGCCACUGAGUUGGUUGAUCUGGCUUCUUUCUCUGUCGCUUCCAACACUGAGGUUGCUGAUCUUGCAACCAUUGUCGGGGGCGCUGCAGCAACUGAUGCUGCCGCCACUGACGACGCUGCCGCUACCGAGGAUGCUGCCGCCACUGCCACUGACGAUGUUGCUACUGAGACCGCCGCUGCUGAUGACACCGCUGCUGUCACUGAAACUGCCGCCACCGAGACUGCUGUCACCGAGACUGCUGUCACUGAGACCGCGACCGCGACCGCCACUGACGGUGCUGGAAAGGGAUGCCGUGUCAAGCCAACCGACACUGCUGCAGGUGCCACCCAGACCGCUGGUACAACCAUCACCACUGCCAUCCGACCUGGUGCCACUGAUGUUGGCCGUGGUGGUGGCCGCGGCGGUAACCGCGAUGACGACCGUGAUGAUGACCGCGAUGAUGACAGCGACGACGAUGAUGCUGAGGAUGAUGACGAGGAUGAUGAUGACCGACGGGGCCGUGGUGGUAACAACCGCGCAGACCGUGUUCGAGAGGGCGCUCGUGCCAGACUUGGUGAUGGUAUCAGCCUGCCUCUUCUUCAGGGUAUCUAG